AAGCCACGUCAAGGCACGCUUGCAAUUUACUCUAUAAACAGAGCGAUACUUCUCUCCUGCGGCACCUGUUUAGCUCUCGGGAAUUUUUUGACUGCUGGCUUUGCCGACACGCCUACAGUACGGCAGAAGCAUGAGCAAAGAAAACGCCAUGACUUGGAUCAUUGUUGCCCAUUUUCGAGGGUUUUUGUCACAAUUGUCUACAAACAUAUAAGGAGCACCAUGAUCAAAUCGAAAUUCAUGGUGGAGAACAUACCCAGGUCUACGUGGCGUCUCCGAUGCUACCCACACAAUGAGCGUGAAUCGCAAGAUUUCGUGAAAAAGAAUCAAUGGGUGCGUAGCCCUUAUCGUUUCAUCUGGCUGCUCCUCCGUCAUGGCUGGCCAGAGCAAGUGUGGUCGUGUGCCGUUGCAUUGAUGUACUACUCAUCCAUCUUGCUCCGGAUUCCGCUUUUUCAUGGCCUGCUCGCUGGUGGUAGCGCCGACAUGUCCUUCAACAAGGCUAUGCUCUUGCUGGUAGUUUCGUGUGCCGCAGAGGGCCUCAUCUGCAGCUUCUGCGUCAGCCUUUCCGUCCGCAGUCAAAUCAGAGCUCAACUAUUGCUAGAGACGGCUGUCUUCAAGAAGGUAACGCGCAUGCGUCGGUAUGGUUAA